AAUUGUCUAUUAUACACUUUCUUUCUUCCAAAAGACAAUGGACAAUAAUACAACACAUGGAUGGUCACUCAACAUGGACACUAAAACAAUCUAUGAACCUUUCACAACUCCCAAGAUGAUAUCAUCGGUGCUUCUUCUCUUAACAUUUGUCUUUGGAUUGAUUGUGAAUUCCUUGUAUCUUUGGGUUCUUUGGUUCAGAAUGAGAAGAACGGUAAACACAACCUGGUUCCUUCACCUUAUUUUGACCAACUUCUUUUUCACGCUCUUAACCCCCUUCCUCGCUGUGUAUUUCAUGAUGAGACCUCACUGGAUACUUGGCUUAUUCAUGUGCAAGUUUGUUAACUUUUUCAUAUCGGUAUGCAUGUAUGGAGCGGUAUUCAUCCUCACAACAAUUAGCCUUGACCGGUACGGCUUGGUGUAUCACCCUCAUUGGUACAGAAAACAUAUGAACCCUCGCAAGGCUUCUCUUAUCUGUGCAGCAUUGUGGACAUUCGCUCUUUUAUUCAGUUCUCCUUACCUAGCAUUUCGUAAUGUAAAAUAUAAGAAUAACAUCACUAUUUGCUACAAUGAAUACACCCUUUCUGGCAAGUUGGAUGAACGACAGAUCAAAUGGUUCUUGUUUGGUUUCCGAUUGCUUGUGGGAUUAUUAAUUCCUUUAUGCAUAAUCACAAUUUGUUAUCUCAGUAUUUUUAUCAAGAUGAAGCGAGAAAACCUGGCUAGGUCUACCCGACCAUACAAGAUAAUAUGUACUGCUAUCCUGUCCUUCUUUAUCUCCUGGACCCCUUACCAUGUGUGGUAUGGAAUGCAUGUGGAGCCCGGCAAGUUCCCCGAGGCAAUACUUGAUUUCUUACAAAUUCUGACAAUUUUAUUUACAUGCAUCAACUUCUGCCUUACCCCGAUACUUUACCUGUUCAUUGUGGAAAGCUUCAAAAACAUUUUCAGAAAGUCUUUGGUGGCUAUAAUUGAAUUAGUUCUUAUUGAAACCAACUCCACGGCAAAUAGGAAUCUUGAAGAUCGGAAAGAACAGCAAAGAAAAAGCUUUGUAGUUGUAAGCGAUGUAAAAGAAGAAGGCUCUUGAACCCAAAUCUGAAUAAGUUGGUGUGCACUGUGCACGGAGACAUUUUUGGAAGCUUCAGCCUUCUUUAUCGUCCAGGUUGGAAUGACAUAACCCCCACACUUGGAAGUGUAUACAUCUCCAUGCCUCGGAUUUUUUUUUUUAAGUAAUGCUACGUUAAUCUCAAUUUAGCUGCAAAAGUGGGCCGCCCGCAUGUACUAUGUUCAGAAAAUUUUCUUUCCUUGCAAAUUUUGAUACAGGUAGAACAUGAACAGCCUUAGGAUACAGUCACACAAGAGCCUCUAAUACAGGCAUCACUAAAUGGCAGACCGUGGUCUGCACCUGGACUGAACCACUGUCCUACCAGGACCGCCGCAGUCCCGCCAUGUUUAGGAGCCUCUUCUUUACCCAGUCUCUGCGGUUGUGUUUCUCACAAGAGAGCGGGGGCCAAGACAGCUCUGGAUGGAGUUAACUUUUGAAGUUAACCAGCAGGUUAUUGGUUGCAAGGGCACAGGGUGGUUCUUGCAACCAGUUACUAGCUUGUUAUUAGGAAAAGCCAGCUCCUACUCCUGCCCUCUAUCCAGAGCUGUUCUGCUCUCCACUCUGUGAACCCAUAUAAGGAAGGAGAGUGAAAGGGGGUCCAGAGAACACCACCUGGGGGGGAUAUUUGAUGUGAAAGGGGGCCA